CUGCUGAGGUCUAGCUGCGUCGGAAAGUGGGAUCAAUCAUGGUUUCUUGAAUUGAAUCUUUCUUCGUCUCUUCUUACAACUCGACUCCCGCUAUUCCACCCGCACCUUGACCAGUCCACACAGCAUUGGGCGAGUGAAGGAUUUUGCCUCGUAUUCUCGUUGCUCAUCACCACAGAAUCCCGCCUCUUCUUCGGCUCCGCACCAUCAAUCGAUUCGUCGUACCGUCUCUCUUGUUGGGUGGGGCUAGCUACAACAAUCGUCAUAACAAUGUCCACCCAACCUCUACUUCAAACCGCUCCCGGCAAGCGCAUCGCCCUCCCCACCCGCGUCGAACCAAAAGUCUUCUUUGCCAACGAGCGUACCUUCCUCUCGUGGCUCAACUUCACCGUCAUUCUCGGUGGUCUCGCCGUCGGACUGCUCAAUUUCGGCGACAAAGUCGGUCAGAUUAGCGCUGGUCUAUUCACACUUGUUGCUAUGAUGGCCAUGGUGUACGCCUUGUUCACCUUCCACUGGCGCGCGAAGAGCAUUAGGCAGAGGGGUCAGGGCGGCUUCGAUGAUCGUCUGGGCCCUACUGUGCUCGCUAUCGCCUUGCUCGCUGCCGUUGUUGUAAACUUCAUUUUGAGGGUCACUGUUAGCGAAAAGAAGAAUUGA